UCGUUCCAUAAAUAUCCUCUGUCCAGCGCUUCUCCAAAAAUGCUUCUUUACCCCUUCUCCUCCUCCUCCUCUGCCUCCUCUCGUGAGCACAUGGCCUCUCCUUUCAUCUAGUUGCAGGCUUAGGUAGUCACGGAAGGGACAAUGGACUUUAACGAGGCUAUUGGCAUGGGUGUCUCUUCUGAAACUGUUGUUGGUGGCCUCCUAUCCUGCUCAUCCUUGCUUCCGGGCAUCGAAGUCAGCAGCCCAAGUGUUCCCUUUGGAUCCGUUCUGCAGAAGCACGAGAGACUCAUGGAACACGACGACUAUGAUCGGAGAUCGGUCAAGGGCAGGCCUGAGGCAUUGGCCGCCGUACCCCCAAAGGUGGCUCCUUUCCUCCUUAAAACCAACUCCUGCCCCCUAUUUCCCUAUGGAGAUCAAAUGCUCAGUUUCUCGUCGAGGUCCAAGAGUGAGAUGGUGGUUGGUGCUGAUGGAACUUUGCCUUACUACGACCAACCCUCAUCGACUUCUUCUGCGCAAUGCUACAUCCCUAGGAACGCAGGUAUAAGCUCACAUGCGAACAUGCAAGGCGUUCUGGCGAGGGUCAGAGGACCCUUCACUCCUUAUCAGUGGCUGGAGUUAGAACACCAGGCCUUGAUCUACAAGUACCUACUUGCAAAUGUACCCAUACCAGCUACUCUGCUUGUUCCCUUAAUGAGAAACCCGAGUGCUUCCGGGUUCCCCCUGUCAGCUGGGUCUUUUGCUUCAGGUUAUUCAAGAAAUGCUGAUCUAGAGCCUGGUAGAUGCUGUCGGACCGACGGGAAGAAAUGGCGAUGCUCUAGGAAUGCAGUUGCUGACCAAAAGUACUGUGAGCGACACAUGAACCGGAGCCGCCAUCGUUCAAGAAAGCAUGUGGAAGGCCAGAGUUGCCAUACUGCCAAAGUGAUGCCUGACGUCACAUCUUCUCAACUGACCUCAGCUGUUCCUGGUGCUACUUCUAGUACUCCCACAGUUUCACAGCAGCAGAGGAAAACCUUGCAGUCAAACAUCACAGAUCCACCCCCUGUGCAAGUAAAGGAUUCUGUUGAGAUCUGCAGGAUGCUGAAUAACAAAGAAGUUCAAGAUGAUUAUGCCCAGAAUCCAAAAAGCAUCUCCAUGCCGAGUCCUGUUGAGCAAAGGCCUGUUAGUAAUUUAUAUCCUUUCGCAAAGCAACACACUCUACUUGAGGGAACCUCCCAUGGAAGAGCAUUUGGUCUCAAUUCCAAUGAUUCACUUUUGAAUACUAUGAGGAACUCAUUUUCUGUUAACAUUAGUUUUACUUCUGUUUCAAUGUUCAAUGACCAGCAUCUCCAGUCCAGUCCCCAUCGGCACAUCAUUGAUGACUGGUCCAAAACCCAGUCUGAAGUCUUGCCUGCAUCUUGCCCUGAGGUUGAAGAAACACUGUGUGAUAGAACCAAACACGCCGUCUCUAUUCCAAAAUCUGGCUCUGGUUUUUCAUCUUCCUCCUUCAACCAUGACAAGCAAGCACUUUCACCACCAAAGUUAUCAAGAGAAUACAACCUUGGACAUGCGGGUCUAAGUGUAGGGGUUCUAAAUGACGCGUGCCAAAUUCAACCAAAUUGUAGACCAAUCUCCUGGGAGGCUUCCAUGGCUGGACCUUUAGGGGAGGUGCUGAAAUGCACUAGUUGCAAUCCGAAGGAUCAAGGAAAGAACUCUUCGUCCCUGCAUCUAAUGGCAGAUGACUUGGAUUCGAAUACACGAAUGGAUUCCUCACCAACAGGUGUCCUUCAGAAAACUUCAUUUGCUUCACUGUCUAGCAGCACAGGAGGUAGCCCCAUGGCUGACAACUGCAUGCUUCAUGAGGGCACAAGUAGCUUGUUCAAUGACCUCCUUGGUUCAACUCUUCUAACUUAAUGCCCCUAGCUAUCCCCUCAUUCUGAGAUGGCAGAAUGGAAACUAGAAUGCCUGAUCAGAAUGAAAGCUGUAGACCUAAUGGAAACAGUGUUGACUUAGCAUUCCAGUUUGUUUAUUUGUUUCUUGCUUGUGUACAAUUAAGUUAUAUGCAUCUAUAGUUUACUGAAUCCCCAA